AUGCUUCAGGGCCCAGCCGUUGCGGUUGAGGAGGUCGCCGUCCCGGUCGUUGGCGACGACGAUAUUCUCGUCAAGGUCCUCGCCACCGCACAAAAUCCUACGGACUGGAAAUUUGUGGACUAUGUUCAGAACCAUGGGACCAUCCUGGGCUGCGACUGGUCCGGAUAUGUCGUGGAUGCAGGGAAGAACGUCUCUUCGCCAGGGAUUGGCGACCACGUAGCGGGGUUCGUUCAGGGCGGCACGUACACCGACUACGGCGCAUAUGCCGAGUACGUACGGACACCUGCGGAGUUAAGUUGGGUCGUGCCAGAGGGUACUGUGAGCCACGAGGAAGCGGCGGCGUUAGGUUGCGCGUUCUGGACGGCUGUGCAGGCACUGCACAACCCGACUCGGCUCGGACUCGUCGAGCCACCGUCUAAGGUAGAGGGAGAGCAGUGGGUAUUCGUCUACGGGGGCAGCACUUCUGUCGGGCAAUAUGCUACCCAGUUAGCACACGCGGCAGGCUACAAGGUUGCCACGGUUGCGUCACCACACAACUUCGAUCUCUGCAAGUCGCUCGGAGCCGAUUUUGUGGCGGACUACCAUGAUACGGAUGCCGUGCAGAAGAUCAAGGACGCAACGGGCGAUUCGAUUGCCCUCGGGCUUGACACGAUUAGUGUAGCGUCCUCUGAGGCAUUCACGUCUAGAGUGAUCCAGCCGUCCGGUGGCAAAGUCAUCCUGGUCCUGGGCCCAGAAGAGGGUGGACAAGUUCGGGAAGACGUCGUCCUUCAACCAACACUCAUUUACACGUCCCUGGGGCGGGCGUUCUCGAUGCUGGGGCAGGACUUCCCUGUGAGCACGGAAGACCGUGCGCACAUGGUUGCGUUCCUCAAGAAGAUACCGGAGCUCGUACGCACGAAGAAGAUCAGCCCGAAUAAGACGAAGGUAUGGGAAGGUGGCCUCCAGGCUGUGCCGGACGGCCUUCAAUACAUGCGGGAGGGGAAGGUCAGUGCGGAGAAGAUCGUGUACAGGCUAUGA